AUGGACAACAACGGCAUAACCUCAAUUCUGAACUUCCGUGACGUCGGCUCCACGGUGAACAAGUUUCUCGGACGCAGGAGGCGCCUUCGAGAGGAGCUGGGCAUCAAGGCGGUGAUAGACUUGCGCACAAAAUCAACGACUGACGCCAUACCAAGGACCGAACACGUCAAGCAGGCAAAAAAGCGCGAGGCCGAUCUCCAAGUUCCGACCCUGCUGCAGUCCAACGCUGCGCUAGCCGAGCCAGUCCAGAUCUCAGGCUUAAAGUAUCACGAGAUCAAAAUCACUGGCGGAAGCUUCGAGGGUUCUUGUUGCGACAGCUGUCUUGGUGGGGGUUCUGGUUAUCGCAAUGAAGGCAUCUCCGUCCUCUCUCGUGAGGUGAUGGUGCCACGUGGCUUGGUACGCCUGGGCCUCGAUACCCUGGAUCAAUCUGGUGAAGAGAUUGCCAAGGCUCUCAGGGUCUUCCUCGACCCUUCGACAACGCCUACCCUGGUUCACUGCACACAGGGCAAAGACAGGACAGGUUUAAUUGUCACUCUGGUGCUGAUGGCCCUCGAUGUGCCGCUCGAAGCGAUCGAGCAUGAUUACAUGUUGACCAGUGGUGCACUUGAGUCCGAAAGGGAGGAAAGGUUGGCCGAGAUCAGAGAGAUUGGCCUCACGGACGACUGGUUCGAUACAGCGCCUGACAUGAUCGUGCGAACCGCUCGCCAUCUCGACGACGUAUACGGUGGGAUCGCAGGGUACUUGGACAAGAUCGGAUUCGUCCAGGAUGAUCGCAAGAAGCUACGAGAGAUGCUGCUGUACUGA